AACGCGCCUGCUCCGUGCGGGGAUGCUGAAUUGUAGGCGAUGAUGGCGGAAGAGGAGCAGCGCUGAGUUUCAUCUGAGUUUUUACCACAGCUGUAGAACCAUCUACAACACCGUUUCUCUCCGUCGACACCUAUACCGAGGCGAUGGGGAACGAGGCCAGCAUGGAAGGGGAGGGACAAGCGGGACAGCCCGGUGCCGCCGUCCCUCCGGCGGGGGCUCCGGCUUCCAUUUCAGCACCGCCGGACUCUGGACAGCUCAUCAAGCCCAGCAACGGAGCGCCGGCCGGAGGAAGUGGGGCUGGACCCGGGCCGGGGAUUAACAGACCGCCCCCCUCCGACCCGGGACCGAAAGCAGGAGUCCAGAGUGGUCAUGGCACGGGGGACAGGUUGGCCUCCCACGAAACCCGACAGCACGCCGCGCCGCAAGCAGAGCAGGGCCACGUGUCCAGGAAGAGUCUGCACGUGGACGUGGGGAGCAGCAGGACUGGGCGGUCCCCCUCCGUGUCCCCGGACCGAGGCAGCGUCCCCAGCUCUCCUUACUCCGUGCCACAAAUUGCACCCAUGCCCAGCAGCAAACUGUGCCCCGUCUGCAAAACCACCGACCUGAUGGGCACCGGGGACGACAAGCCCACCUUCAACACCUGCACGCAGUGCUGCUCCAUGGUGUGCACACAGUGUGGUUUCAACCCCAACCCUCACCUCACCGAGGUUCAGGAGUGGCUCUGCUUGAACUGUCAGAUGCAGAGAGCGUUGGGGAUGGACAUGACCACACCACGCUCCAAGAGUCAGCAACAGAUACACUCUCCUUCUCAUGCAGCCAAACCAGAACUUAAACCUGAUGCUUCAAAUCUGCCUGAAACCCAGACACAUUCCCGUCCUCAAACCCAGCCUCCAGCGCAGGACCAUCUAGGGCAGGCCCAUCAUCCAGGGCAGGCUCACCCUCCAGGUCAGGCUCACCCACCCGGGCAGGCUCACCCUCCAGGACAGGCACACCCACCAGGGCAGGCUCACCCACCCGGGCAGGCUCACCCUCCAGGGCAGGCCCAUCAUCCAGGACAGGCUCACCCUCCAGGGCAGGCUCACCCUCCAGGGCAGGCCCAUCAUCCAGGACAGACUCACCCACCAGGGCAGGCCCAUCAUCCAGGACAGGCUCACCCACCAGGGCAGGCCCAUCAUCCAGGACAGGCUCACCCUCCAGGGCAGGCCCAUCAUCCAGGACAGGCUCACCCUCCAGGGCAGGCCCAUCAUCCAGGGCAGGCUCAUCAUCCAGGGCAGGCUCACCCUCCAGGGCAGGCCCAUUCAUCACCUGGCUUUGUCAAACAAGCAGGUCCAGCUGGCCCAGGUCAGCAACAAAUAAAGCUCCCUCCAGGGGCAGUUGCUCUCCCCGGCAUGGCCAAAGCCCCUUCCCAGCCUGAUCUGUCCCGCAACUCUCCUGCCCACCAACCCCAACCCCCCCGCCACGACCAGACUCGAAGUGCAGGGAGCUCUCCGUCGCGGCAGCCCCCACCUCCAGAGCAGACAUUCGGGAAGCUGUUUGGCUUUGGUGCUUCUCUCCUCAACCAGGCCAGCACUCUUAUAUCUGAGACUACUCAACCACAACAACAGCCCCCCAAAACAGCCCCCAAACCAGUAGGACCCGUAGGUCCGGGUCCUGGGGCGGGUAAAGCCUCAGGAGCUCCGCCUGCACAGCAGGGGCCUCGAGCACAUGCUCAACAGCAACAACAGAACGCCCCCAUGGAUUCCACCAAACCCAAAGCUUGUUGUCCUCUCUGCAAGACUGACCUCAACAUCGGCAACACAGCGGAGCAACCCAACUACAACACCUGCACACAGUGCCACCAUCAAGUGUGCAACAUGUGUGGAUUCAAUCCCACGCCACACUUAGUCGAGAAGAAAGAAUGGCUGUGCUUGAACUGCCAGACGCAGAGGGCUCUGUCAGGAAGCCUGGGAGAUGCUGCAGCUCCUGUUGCACAGCCUUUGGGAUCCCCCCGGCCACCUGCCACAGCCAAUCAACAACCACCUCAGCAGAAAGGGCCAAAUCAGCUUUUAGGGCCUAGGCCCACAGGUCCUCAACAACAACAGAAACCACCGGGUCCCCAAGUAAGUGGCCCUGUCUCUCCUGUGAAACAUGCUGGACCUGCCCCUCAUACGAAGGGGCCCAGCCAAGCUCUCCCUCAAACCAAGGGCUCUGCCCAACCCGGUUCCCAAAAUAAGGGUCCAAAUCAACAACCUUCCCAAACUAAGGGUCCAUCACAACCCUCAGCUCAGAGUAAGGGACCUCAAAGCAAAGGUCCUAAUCAAUCACAAGGUCAGAGUAAAGGCCCUGUUCAGUCCUCUAACCAAAUGAAGGGCCAGGGCCAGGCCAAAGGGCCCACUCAGACAAAGGGAUCUGCUCAGCCAUCUGCUCAGACUAAGGGCCCUUCUCAUCCUCCCGGGGCCAAGGCCCCCCCUGGUAAAGCCACACCCAACCAUGCCAAGGCCUCUCCCACCCCAUCAAAAACAACACCUGCUCAGUCUAAACCCACAGGUAACAACCAGGGCCGCAAACAGCCCCAGGAGAAGGCCAAAGUCGCAUCCAAAACUGUAAAAGAAGACGUCAAGGCCUCCCCGAAGAAGAUACUAUCAGAGACUAUCACUUCGACCAAAGACAUGAAGAUAGCUGAAGAUACACAGAAGUCAAGACACCAUGAAGAUUACAAUAAAUCAAGUACGAGUCUAAGUGACACUGGAUACUCCUCUGAUGGGAUCUCGAGCUGUCAUGGGGAGAUAACAGGACAGAUCCGGGAAGAAGGAAUCCAGCUCAGUGAAAAAGGGGCUUCCAUCCCCUCGGAAAUCACCAAGCUUGAGAGCUCAAUGAAGCCUCUACUAGAGUCUAAGACUUCAGACCAGAAACACAGGCCACAUUCACUGUCUGUCGGACAGGGCCGGGACUACAAUCCUGAUGACGAGGCAGCAAGGGAUGAAUCAGAAGAUGAACUCAGUUGUAAGCUUCGCCACGAUUAUGUCGAGGACAGCAGUGAAAGUGGUCUGUCCCCAUUGCCAGUAAGACAGAAGAAGUCACAUAAAGAUUUAACCGAUGAGGAAUUCAUGAGGAGGCAAAUCCUGGAGAUGAGUGCGGAUGAAGAGGAGAUGGAAGAACACGGAAACCAGAAAAGUAAAAGGGUACAUAAAACUGGUGGGGAUUUAAGCAAGGAGAGGCGACGACUCGCUCACCAAUCAAAUAGUUUUGAGGAGGACACCAAGCCAACGGAGGCAAAUGAAGAGGAAGAUGUAGUAAUGGCCGGUGGCCUUCGCCGUUUUAAGACCAUUGAGCUGAAUAACACAAACAGCUACAACCGAGACAUGGAGCUCAGCACCGAACAUGACCUACGAGAACCUGAGCUAGAGAUGGAAAGUUUGACUGGUUCUCCUGAAGAGCGUUCCAAGGGAGACUAUUCAUCCACCCUACCUGCCACCACACCCAGCUACACCUCUGGAACAUCGCCCACGUCUGUGUCCUCCAUGGAGGACGACAGUGACAGCAGCCCCAGUCGUAGGGCAAGACUAGAGGAGGCAAAGCAGCAGAGGAAGGCUCGACAUCGGUCGCAUGGGCCCCUGCUGCCCACUAUCGAAGACUCGUCUGAGGAGGAUGAGCUCAGAGAGGAGGAAGAACUUCUUCGAGAACAAGAGCAGAUGAGAGAUUUAGAGCAACAAAGGAUACGAAGUACCGCUCGAAAAACAAAGAGGGAUAAAGAGGAGUUACGGGCACAAAGACGCAGGGAAAGAUCCAAAACCCCCCCCAGUAAUCUCUCACCCAUUGAAGAUGCAUCGCCAACAGAGGAGCUGAGGCAGGCGGCAGAGAUGGAGGAGCUUCACAGAUCAUCAUGUUCUGAAUACUCACCAUCUAUGGAUUCAGAGGCAGAGGGCUUUGAGAUGAUUGGUGGAAAGCUUUACAAAUCUGGAAAUGAAUAUAACCUUCCAACCUUCACGUCACUCUACUCCCCCACAGAAAAGACAUCAUUGAUAUCACCAUCUGAUAAAACUUUAAAAAGUGCAGAGGAGGUCUAUGAGGAGAUGAUGAAGAAAGCACAGCUCAUGCAGAGGCAGAAAGGUACCUCUCAGCCGGACAGUAAACAUCACCUUGAAGCAGCAGGAACUGUAUUGACGCCUGGCUCAAGCCCAACACAGGUUACCGCCCCUAUGUCCUUCCCCACAACAGGGAGUGAUCCAAGAAUUCCAGGAAUGCAUGCAGCACAGCACCUAUCUAAAGAAACGCAAAAUAGGAUGAUGACACAGAGUGCCAAAAUUGAAGGAGUUGUUGGAGUUGCCACAACAAAAGCCCAAGUCAGUCAGACUGCCACAACUAGACAGGCAGGUAGCACAGUGCCUGGUGGCAACAGAGGAGGCUCCCAUAGACCAACACAGGCAUCACCUGACUCUGCAGCAUCCUCCCUAACCUCCAAAGUCUUCUCCCUAUUCAAAGGGCCCAGCCCCCCGGUAUCUCCCAAUGCUUCUCCAGCACAAAGCCCAACGCAUAUGUCAUCUGUGAGAUCCACUGGUGGGAGUGGCAGGCAGCUGCCAUCUUUACCUGGUGGUCCCACAUCAGCUACAGCAUCCCAUGGAGCUCAGGCACCUCAAAGAGCAACUUCACCGCGUCUAGCACGGCAACAGUCCUCUCGUGAUUCGCCAGCUAUGGUGAUAACUCUAGCCUCAGACACAACCAGUCCCGCCAAGCCAUUGACUGUUAAUUCUUCCACUUCCCCUUUGUCAUCACCAACACAGGUCAGUUGUAAAACCUUGUAUAGCACCCAGCCCUCUUCGACAAGUUCCCCAACAUCACCACAAAUGCAUCCAUCACAACAGUCUCCUAAACAUUCUUCACAGAUGGGAAAACAUAUCUCUGUGUAAAAUUUCAAUAUUUCAGGCUCCUCAAUGGGUUGUGGGGUCAAGGUUCAAACACAUCAAAUCUCUAAUGUGGUGGAUCUGAGAGCUCCAGUGAGGCCUGCUCCAAUUAUAAUGACGGAUCAGGGAAUGGACCUAACAUCUCUUGCCUCUGAUGCAAGGAGAUACUCUUUAGGAGCAGAGCAGCCAUCUGGUCGACACACAGCGGUGCAACCUCUUAUUAUGAACCUGAAUGCACAAGAGCAACCGUACAUAUCCGUAUCAACACCCACUACGGUCAGCGUCACGGUUGCAGGAUCUAUGUUCAUGUCCCAACCCAAGCAUCAAGUUGUGUAUGGAGAUCCUUUGCAACACCGUGUGGAUUUGGGGCAGGGUGUUGGAUCAGCUGUGUGUUUAUCCCAGAACAAGCCUCCCAUUACAGACCCAUCUAUUCCAAAAAUUGACGCCUGUCUGGAGAAUCUGGGUAUACAACAGCAUCAACUGCAGCUACAGCAGCAGAAGCUCCUGCAGCAGCAACAGCUUCUUGAGCAGCAGCUCCAGCAGCACCAUCAGCAAUCCUCUUUUGCACGUUACAAUUUAGCUAAUCAGGUCCAGCCAACCCUAAUGAAAAAAGACCUUGUAGUCAGCCAGACAAGUAGUGGCCAGCCUGCAGUGACUGCUAGUGCCAUUCCUAGAGUAUCCCCCUUGGUUCCACCACCAGUGUCUGGAGCUCCAGCUUCUAACACUCCCCUUGAGGUCUAUAGUGGAGUUGCCUUAGAACUGAAAAACAAGCCAACAGUAAUGAACUUGUCCACUGGUAAGCCCCAUGUCAUGAUGGUACAACUUGAUGAAAAUAAACCAUCACAUGGGGGUACAGUGACUCAGCUUGUUAAAGAGGAACCCCCUCUUCCUCCUCAGGUCUUGGAUCUCACUGGACAGAUCAAACCAGAAAACCAGGUGGCUUGCUGUGAUGUUGUUUACAAAUUGCCCUUUGCUGGUUCCUGUUCAGGGUCAUUCAAUCAGAAGCCUCCAACGAUAUCAUCAGAUAAAACCCCAACCCCUGAAUCCUCUCAAGCCGCUUACCCUCCCCAUCCACCACACUACAAUAUCAUCCAACAACAGCAAAAACAACAUCAGCCUCAACCUACACAAAGAGUAACAGAGGAACAUAAACCAUAUCUACCACCUGUGGGCUCCUCAGGGAGAAUUCAGCCUUCCAUGUCUGACAGUAAUCUUCCCUCCGUGACUGAUGCUGGUCACUAUCAGACUAACAUUCAGGGGGGUCUGGCAGUAGAUCUUAGCAGCAUGAAUCAGGCUUAUGAUGGUGGCUACCUUGGCAUUGGAGCACAAUAUGGAUCUUACACAGAUUUGCGUCAGCAAGCAGAUAUCACUGGUCCUUCAUUACCCCUUCGCCGAUAUGGCUCCAUGUCAAAUAUCAAUUCCGACUAUGUCUACAAUUCACGUGACCAAACAGGAUCACAAGACUCUAAUCUGGCUCAAUAUAGUGCAACCACUGCAAGGGAGAUCAGUCGCAUGUGUGCAGCUCUAAACUCUGGGGACCAGUUUGGGAGUCGGUAUGGAAAUAUCCCUGAACUUCUACCAUAUGGGGCAGGAAGGGCUGGAUCUUUAGGUAGGUUAAAUCUCCAGCAAAGCUUAGCAACAAUUCGAGCGAACCUACUGUAUGGUCCAGAUGGAAGACCUACAGCAAAUGGCCAAACACUAACUAACCUAAUAAAUGCUAGACAAGCAAGUAUACGCGCCUUGUACCCUGCUGCUAUGAGAGGAGGUGAUGGCAUGAUAUAUUCCACCAUCAACACUCCCAUAGCCUCCACCUUGCCAAUUACCACCCAGCCUUCCUCAGUCCUGCAUCCCGUACCAAGAGGAAUUUACAGACCAUACCCGACAGGUGUAACUGCAGUACCAUUGGCUAGCCUUACCAGGUUGCCUCAAGUGACUCCAAGAAUGCCCUUAUCCACACAGGGGCCAUAUUCCUACCCUACUCCAAACCAGUAUCCUACUUCAGCCACACCAUCAGGAAGUGUGCCUGAAGCAAGCAGCUCCCACCAGGAAACUCCUGUGUACCUUGGAAGGCCCAUAACAACAGUUUCUGCUCAAACAGUUGCAACCAUUCCACCAACCCAACAUGCAGCACAGCUAGGAGCACAAAAUGUACUAGCAACUGGUAUGCAAAACCCCGCAAAUCAACAGACAGACCACACACAGCUUAGCUCGCAGAGUGUUUCUCCAUUCUCUCAAGCUCAAGGCCAACCUCCAACUGUUAAGCCAUUGCAGGUUCAAAUGCAGCCACAACAGUUACCUGCUCAAACAGAAGCUUUAUCUUUGACUCAAACCCAACCUCAAAUUCAACCCAUCAGUCAACCUCAACCAUUAGCUCUGCCACAGGGUCAGCCCCAAGGGACAGUCCACGGCGCUGCCCUACCGCCGAGCUCUGCAAUUUCUCCUCCCGUGGAUGCAAUGAAAAGUAAAGACGAUGAAAGACUCAGUCAACAACAAGAGCAUGUGCUGAAUCUAGAGCGAGAGCGCGUAGAACUGGAGAAAUUACGCCAGCUGCGCCUGCACGAGGAGCUUGAAAGAGAUCGUGUGGAGCUUCAGCGUCACAGAGAAAAAGAACAACUAAUUGUUCAGCGUGAAAUUCAAGAGCUCCAGACGAUCAAGCAGCUCCUACACCAACAGCAGACAGAGCGGGAGACACAGCUCAUUAUGCAAAGAGAACAACUGGCCCAGCAGAGAAUGCAGCUUGAACUUCAGUCUUUGCAGCACCAGCUCCAGCAGCAGUUGGAGGAGCAAAAAAGACAAAAGACAGCUGCAGUGGAAGCAGCAGCUACUGCUGCAGCAGCAGAGGCAGCCGCCGCAUCGGCAGUGGCGGCAGCAGCAGCCACUACUGCCCAAGGUGCUAAACAAGGGGUGGUUGUUGGUACAGCGCCCCCUCAGGGGUUUAUCAUUUGUGACCAGAGUGGUAGAGUUAUUCAACAAGAUGGACAGAGCGUUCAAUUUUGGCAGGACGGACAAGUGGUCCAGGCUAUGGUGGCUGCUCGACCCAUUCAUAGUUCUGCCUGAAUGUCUUUGAGAAGCAGUGACAAACAGACUGAUUCCAAGAUGAUGAAAAAGCAGAACUCCAUGCCUCGUCUGAGGGAUGGUACAGAGGACGACUCUCUGAGAAAGAUUACAGACAGCUGUGUGCAAACAGAUGAUGAAGAUGGAGAGGAUAGAUUCAUGAACAGGCGUAGAAGAACACGGCGGAUUGCCGACAGCAGUGUGCAAACUGAUGAGGAGGACCAGGGAGAAUGGGAGCAGCAGCCAGUAAGGCGCAGGAGAUCCCGUGUUUCCAAGCACUCUGAGUCCAGUGGGGAGGCUAAAUCAGAAGGGUCAUCUAAAGUGGCUUCUGCAAGUAUAGCCAUUCAGACCACAAAUGAUUCAUCAUGCCAAACAGAGCCCGACCAACUAAGCAGGAAUUCUCCUGCAAUCCACAUUACAAUGGCAGAGACCUCAAAGGUUGACCUGUUACAUUACAUAGCAGCCCCGGAAAGGACCAACAAAGGAGAGAGUUUGGCCUGCCAGACCGAACCAGAGUCUCAGUUUCAUGGUGUUGUCGCCCCUCAGCUAAGUGUCCCUACAACUAUUAAUCCGUACUCAACAAGUCUGCAUAUAGUAGGUGCAAAUGCAUCAGAACCAACCUCACCUAGACACCAAGGAGUAGUUAAGUUUGAGAGGAGGAAACCAGACCCCUUGGAAAUUGGAUAUCAACAAAAUGAGUCUCCAUCUCGACAGCCCCCCAAAUCUCCCCAGGUGCUAUACUCCCCCGUAUCUCCAUUGUCUCCUCAUCGCAUGCUGGAGACAACAUUUGCCUCCCAGGAGAAACUCAAUAAGGCCCACGUUACACCUCAGCAGAAAGCUUUUACUACUGAAUCCCCCCAACGUCACCAGACCCUACCAAGACCCAUUAAAAGUGUGCAGCGCUCCAUGUCGGAUCCCAAGCCUCUAAGUCCCACAUCAGAGGACCCUGCCAAGAACAGGUUCUCCCCAUAUCAUCAGCAAGCUGUUUCCAACAGUCAGAUGGCCUCUCUGCAGCAGCAGCAGAACGCUCUGAUGAGGAAAAUAAAGAGGACUCUCCCAAGCCCCCCUCCAGAGGAGACUUCGCUCCCCAUUGUUACUCCAGCACAAAUGUACAGCUCCCCCGGCAUGCCACAGAGGGUCCUACCCAGACCCGCCCAGGGAGUCACGAAGGCUGGCCUGCUCAGUGAACUGAAAGCUGUGGAACAAGAGUCAUCAAAGCUUCGAAAGCAGCAGGCUGAACUGGAGGAAGAAGAGAAAGAGAUUGACGCCAAGCUACGUUACUUGGAGCUAGGCAUCACCCAACGUAAGGAGACCAUGGUAAAGGAUAGGGAAAGGAGAGAGCUUGCUUACAUGAGAUGUAUGGGUGAUGCUCGGGACUACAUGUCAGACAGUGAGCUCAAUAACCUCAGGAUGGUAGCUGCAACAGGAACCUUCGAUGCUAAUAGUCUGUUAACGAGGCCCAGCACUGCACCAUUAAGCCAAUUUGCAAACGACCUCAAUGUUACCUCCCAGUAUCCCUCAACCUCAUCCUAUAUGUCUUACCCAUACCCUCAAGUUCAGCCAUCAACACAGCAGCCAGGCUCUGCUUACCAACAGAUAGGCUUCCAACCUCCUCAAUACCCUUCGUCCUCAGCUCCCCAGCCAGGAACAUUCCAGCCCCAUCCCCCACCAGGCCCUGGCUACCAGAACCAGGGAACUUAUUCCAAUCGCAUGUACGCCCAGCCGUCCUACCAGACAGACCUUGGUAUGCAGCAGCAUGGUAAUCAGGGCUUCCAUCCCUCUGGUCAGCCAAUGCCUAGCCAGAACCUUCCUUACCCCAGCCACAGCUCCUACCAACCUGCUCUCUCCUACCAGCCCCAGGCAGACAUCCUAACAGUCCAUCAAAGACCACGUCAAACCUCUUUGGCUGACUUAGAGCAAAAACUCCCCACAAACUAUGAAGUCAUUAGCAACCCAGCAGUGUCAGUGGCCACAUCAGUUCCAGAUAGCAACUUUGGCUCAGUCUACAGCAACGCAUAUGGACAGUAUCGCCCCCCGGAGCACGGCCUUCCUCACUCAGUGGAGAGUCCCCCAUCUGCUUAUUCUUCAGAUGGAGUAUAUGCCUCUAACCUGGAGCAGAAUAUUCCUAGAAACUAUGUCAUGAUUGAUGACAUCAGUGAGUUGACAAAAGAUAACGCCAGCCAAUCUACGGAUGCUCAAGGCCAUCCUGUGGGAGGGCGGUAUCGCAAUGAGAAUGGUCCUGCACGUGGGAGUGCUUACAGUAGACCUGAAGAUGAGCCCGUGGAUGGCUAUGGCAGACCUAGUGGAACAACAGGGUACCAGAAUACAGUGGACAGUCGCCCAAGCACCACAGUGAGUGGGGGCUCCUCCUACUACUAUGAUGAUUAUAAACACCCAUCAAGAAGCGGCUCCAGUAGCCAUAAACUUGCACCCAAGAACCUUGCCCCUGCUGUAGUCUCUUCUAAACGUAGUAAGCACAGGAAGCAGGGAAUGGAACAGAAGAUUUCUAAAUUCUCCCCUAUUGAGGAAGCAAGGGACGUGGAGUCUGACCUGGCCUCUUACACAAUGACAACAUCAACAGGAGGCAGCUGUACAGUCGUGUCAAGAUCGAAGAAGCUUCAGGACGAUGCCACCUACGGGAUAAAGAAGAAUACAUAUGACCAACAAAAAUAUUACGGCACCAGUCGUGAUGGUCUUGAGGAGGAGGACCGCAUGUACAGCUCUGGCAGAUCCAGGUCUACCGGAUAUGGUAUGGACAAAAUAUCCUCAAGGGAUGCCACAGGACACAGAAGUAAAUCCUACGAAAGGGACGCCAUGGAGCGGUCUCAAAGGAGCAGUCGCAGUGGAAGGCCUCCAAUGCGCAGCCAGAAUUCAGAAGAGGAGAGUCCAAUCAGUCCUGUUGGGAAGCCUGUAGGCAUGGGAGGAGGCUCUGGAAUACCAGAAGCCCAUGAUGUGAGGAACCAGUAUGGCUCCAGCCAUUCGUUGCCAGAUGUGCAGGACCAUCACAAGAAGGACCAGCCCAGGAGUCAAGUCUAUAAACCAGAUGACCCUUACCUCGUUGAUGACAUGCACUGUGCUGUUUCUGACAGUGAAGCCUAUCAUUUGGGCCAAGAGGAGACUGAUUGGUUUGAGAAGCCACGGGAAGCCCGUUCUGAUCGCUCAAGACAUCACGGAGUUCACUCAUCGACUGGUAGGCGUAGUAAACACACAUACCAUGAUUAUGACGAACCUCCGGAAGAAUACUGUCCCCAGGAUGAGUACAACCAGCAACAACGCCAUCCUUCCUCCACAACGCCACGGGAUCACCGUCCGCACGGCGGCAGCUCUGGCAGACACAGCUCAUCUCGCCACACCUCAGAGGAUCCCAGGUCAACCCGUUCUUCCAGAACACACCCCAAAGACCCUUCCGUUCGCUCUGAUGGCCGAGGCUCCUCGUCUACACAGAGAAGGAAUGGUCCGGACUCCCGCUCCGCCCAGGGAAGCCCCCGAAACUCAGGGGACUUCUCCCGGGAUCCGGCCUCUGGUCAUCAUCACGGCACGGCUGGACGGAGCCAGAGACCCCAAGGAGAUCGCACAACACCCAGAAGGCAGGAGCCCUCAACAGCGGGGCCUAAAGCUCAGCAGCAGCAGCAGCAGCCGCAGCCGCCCUCUCACGGUCAUGCUGGGCAGCAACGGUCAGGUGGUCCGGGCCAGUCGGGGCGACAUCCAGGCUCUGAACCACUUGAUGUUACCCAGCAGGCCCAGCAACAACAUCCGCAGAGUGCACCACCACCACAACAACAACAACAACAACAGCAGCAGCAGCAACCCCUCCCGCACAGCCAAACCCCUCAGAGCAGCCAGCCUACAUCAACCACAGCGGGGGCUGGACCGGCGCAGCCCCAACCCAAAUCUGGCCAAGCCCCACUGGGACGACAGCCAGGAGUAGGGUCUGUGGCAGGGCAACCAGCUACUACAGCAAAAAUGGAGGCUAUUCCUCCAGCAGCAGCAGCAGCAGCAGCAACUGGAAUGAAACCAACAACAGGAGUCCCAACAGCAACUCAGCCCACCAAAAUAGCUACACCUCCUCUUGUAGGCAUUGGGUCCAAGGCCCCUGUUGGGAUCGGUAGUAAACCCGUAGCUAUAGGCAGCGCCGCUGCCGGACAACCACCCGCUGAAGGGGAAAAUGUUCUCACCAAAAUCCUGCAAGGAGGGGCAGCAGAACAAGCAGGGAAACUGGGCGAUGCUUUGUCUGGCUUUGGAAAGAAAUUCACUUCAUUGUGGUGAACUGGAGAGAUGAGGGCUAUGCAGAGUUGAAAUGAGAUGGAUUCAUAACUUUGUACUUGAAAAACCUAUGAACUGCAAUAAAUAAUUUCACAUUAACGAAUAGAGGGAGACAGAUCCUGCGUGCACCAAGCUGGAAUCAAAGGAUGCCUUGUCAGCAGGGAAUUCCCCAGACAUUCCUCAGACACGACUGAAGUGAAUUAGAUAAAGGCGAUUGCAUCAUCAGCACGGUGGACAUGAGCAAAGGGCCGGAGAGGCCUGAGAGUAAGUGGAGGCCUUGACAGAGUCCCAGAAUGAUGAUUGUCAAGACGUCUGAGGCCUUAUUGGCCUAAUUGAGGACAUCAACGGUCAAUAAUAGGGAUGUGGAGAAGCAUAGGAGAGGUGGGGAAGGAGGAUUCAAGACCCGCUCCCCUUCCUUCUCCUUGGGAUCUGUGUGACACUAAAAGGCCCACUCUUCUUUCAAACAGCUCGAUAAAGGAAAUAUCACAGCGCCCUCUAUAGGAAAUCUAAUGGAUUAUCACUUGUGUCUGAGGAGUGCACAUCUGGCAAGGAUAUUGAUUCAACAUUGUGAAAAAAAAAGGAAUAAGAUAGAUUUUCAUAGGUUUUUCUUGUAUCAAAGAUACUGAUAUCUGUCCAUGAUGAAACCACUUCCUGAGGUAGAUGAGGUGUAUCAAGACACCCAACCCGACCACUCCACUACGAUCUUUGAAUGCUUGGUUUCUCGGAUCUCUAAAGUACAUUCCAGUAUAGGGUAUUUUACCCUUUAUUUGAAUGUGUUUUUAUUUCUCCUUUUUUUAAUUCGAUGUCUACAGAAUGCAUUGUAUACAUGUGGACAUAAGAAUGCACGCACAAAUGUUUGAAAAACUGAAGAAAAAAAAGAAAUCCAUAUUAAUACUUUUUCACCACCUAUGAAAUACCACCAGUCAUCAGCUGUAGGUUUUUAGGGAAGAGAAGUACUACCAGUGUGCCCACAAGUGUGAGAUUCACACAGACGAGAGGACCAAAUGAAAGAGUGGCCACGGCUCUUAAUCAGCCAUUGCAAAGCCAUCGUUGUAGUCAGCUGUCUGCAACGCUCCGAGGCUGACUUUAAAAAGGAUAAAGCCUCAGAGUGGAAUUUAUCCUUUUUAUUGAUUUGUCUCAUCUUUUAGUUUCUUUUCAUUUUUGCCUGAUAUUUACGGAAUGGAAGAGCCUUAUUCAGUACAUGUUUUUACUUGUAUACCUCAUAUGUUUUAAAAUGUCCAGGUCAUCAUUCAUUUCUUUUUACACAACUGUAUUCUAUUGUAUGUACAUAAACAAACCAGAGAUCUAAUUAUGUAAAUUUGUCAUUUGUGCAUUUACGGAUCACUUUCCAGUGACGUUGUUGUUUGUUAAUAUUUCUUUGGUAAAACUUUAUAUUUUGAAUUUUUUUAAUUUGUUUUAAUGUUUUCUUGCAUCAAAUCAUUUGCUUGUUGAUUUUUUAAAAAGCAAUAGCAUGCAGAUAAUGGUAUAUAGCACAAUCGUAUAAAUGUUGUUUAAAUCAGUGAUGGGAAAUAUCAAACACUUCUGUCGAUCAAUAGACGUAUAAAAUAUGUCAGAGGGUUUACAACCACAGUACCGUGUUCAUACGUGCAUGUGAUGUGCAAAUGCAUAAGAGCAUGCAGUCAGGUACGAACACACACACUCACACCGUCUCUCUCUCCCCCCCUCUCUCUCUCUCUCUCUCUCUAACUCUUGCCAACACAUAUGCCCCACACAUGUACUCUACACAUCGCACACUCUUGUUACACCUCCGAGCCAAGUUUAAUUGUGUUCUCCACCGAAUAGAGACGUUAACCUCCUGCUGAUUAAUGAGGUUACCGAUUCACCACCAAGAUGAUCUCACUAACACGCUGGGCCCACUGCCUCUAUUUGUGCACAGACAACCACGAACACGUGCUUAAGAUAUAGCAGCGGAUGAAAGCAAUUAUCAAUUCAAAUGUUCUAUGCAAUGACUCAUUUUGAACCUGGAAGUGAUUCUGCCUAAAACAGUUUGUUUUCAUCACUGUGUUCACAAGAAAACAACAAAAAUAUAAACUAAGGUAGUUAAAAAAAAUAAUGUCAUGAAAAUGUUUUUACUUAGCAACUUGUCUGUACGAAUUUGAAUAUUGAACUGUUGUUUUUAUUUCUGUGGCAUGUUUUGACCCCUCAUUCCCCGCACAGGGACUUGUUGCCAAAGGGUGAACUGUGUAGACUGUCGGUUUGAAUGUCCACCAUCAUGUUGCUUUGAAGCAUGUGUUCGCUUGGCUUUGUCUGGCUGUUUGCAAGCCUUCAUUCAGUUUUUGUGCAUUCUGGCUGACCUGGGCUCCUCAGUGUUUGGCUUGCAGUGACUGUCUGUGCUGCUAUGAACCUGUAAUACAGAUGGUCAGCACUUCUCAUUAAUACUUGUUCGUGUACAUAUUGGGUGUCAGUAUAACCUGUGGGUUGAAUGGAAUGCUUCUAUUGGAUAUUUCAUUGUUGAUUAAGCCACUCUGCGGCCAAGACGUUGGAGAGGUGCAUGAUUAGAUCUUUUAUUCUUGGAAGUUGCACCUGAGUAGAAAAAGGCUGAGGCAUGAUUUCACCGAGGUUUGCCUAACAAACCCUGACUUUCACAGGCCUACGUAGAGAAUAUUGAUGAGCUAAAUCUACAGCCGGGGCAUGUCAUUUUCAAAGCGCAGGCCUAACAGGCAGCACUUGCUGCCCGAUGAGACGCAUAAAUACGGAGGUUGCGUAACACUACCUGCAACUAAACAGUGCGAGAUCAAUAUCAAAGUUGAAAACGCGUCUGGUCAAGAUGAAGUGCAAGGGACAAAAAAAGCCUUCGAUGCAGAGAGAAACACUUCUUACAUACAAAUGUAAAUACAAAUUCUUUGUUCUGUACAGCUUUUGAGUUCUGAGUACGGCUGUCAUGUGCAUCCCCAUGCCGUAUUUGCUGCCAACUUUUGUGUAUAAAAAGAAUAUUUACUACCACAAUAAUGAUGGUGAAACUAAUGAUGAUGAUGAUUAUUAUUGCAUAAGCAUAAAGUAUGUGGCUGACUUGUAUUGACUGUUUACAACAGUGGAACAGAACUCGUCUUCAGAAAAAUACCCAGUCUGUGUAUAGUUUCUAUACAUAUUGUGCUUGUAAAACAAGAAGAAAGAACCUCCUCAGCAACUGCAUAACUGAAAUCCUUUGUCAGAUCAGGAGGUCUUCAAUUUGAUGGAUAUGAUCUGCAAGGGGAUGAGGGUAAAUGGAAGCAAAAAAAUGAAAUAAAAAAAUCUGGAAAAUGUCAUUCACUGUUGUAAGUGCAAUGGGCAAAAACGUCAGUCGUGUAUCCAUUGUGAAACCUUGUGUUCUAUUCAGUGUAUUCCUGUAAACAGAGUAAAUUUUGGUGCAUCAUGUCAAGUAAUGUGAUUAAUGAAAAUAUUGACCCUGCAAUUUCCAAACAGAGAGAAGAAUAAAAAGAAAAGGAAUAUAUUGUG